GUUGGUGCAGCAUCUUCCGGCAGUCGGUGUGCUCUUCCUAGUGAAUCAGGGUGAACUCGGAUCUAUGUCUAUAACUGGAUCACUUGAAUUUGUCCAGAAGCAAAGGAUUCAUGUCUGCGUUGGCGUUGGAAUGCCCCUGUUAAUUGCUAGGUAGUGAUCAUAAGUCGAAGCCGAGGACGCCGUGGACGUGUCCAUUUGCUUGUUUCGUGAGGCGUGUUGAAACUUUGUUUUUAGGUACUUUUCAAGCCAGUGAGUUCUCUCUCUCUCGCUCUCGCUCACCUCCGGCAACGCAAGCUUGUGUGCGCAGCACUGAACGUUUAGGGUCGGACGUGGUUUAGGUUAGAUUGUAGAAGAAUCGGUUAAGGUUAGGGGCCAGAUGGAGUUGCAAGAGGCGAAGGAGCAUUCUUCCUUCUCAUUACCUCCUUUACGGGGGGCGGUGAGGUCCCUAUAGCACACCAAAGCGCCUAUCCAGAACCGAAUUUCUUGGCCUCUCAUCACUCCGGGUGUUGGGAGACGAUCUGAUCAGAAGAAUGCUGCAAUACUCUCGCUAAUUGAGUCCGUCCUAAGGAGGUUUCAUUUGUCUUUAGGGGGGCGUCGAAGCCUAGAGCGGGAGAACAGACCUUGAGUUGGGUUCGUUUCUUUAACAGAUAAUUUUCGCCCUGCAGCUGCUAACUUCACUGGGACGGUUACGUGGGAGGUUUUGUGGUACGUUGUGCGGUUCUCUUGACCAAUUGCUACUUUCUUUGAAGCUCUGUAUUGGCAUCGUCGGAUUGUCUGCUGGUGCUUCUCGGACAUUGAUUGCAAGUCACCAGGCAAAUCUUUUAGGCCUGCGUACUAUCUUGUGGCUAGCAUCAUUGGAAGCUGUUUUUUAUUAGUUCGUGUAGACGAUGCAAAAGACAUUUAUUUUGUUUUGUGUACUUUGUGUGAUCUUUGGAGUGGACGACGAUCGCGGGGACAGGUAGUAUAUUCUGUUACUGAAGGUCGUGCGGCAUUGUACUUUAACUGUGCAUACUUCACAUGCACAACUCUGGGCAAGGAAAUCUCAAAUUGUUCUGUUCGGUACCCUUCAAUUUGUUAUUAAACCAAAUUAAUUCAAGGAUCAGGGUGUGGGUGCAUUCAUAUUUUAGUGACAGUAUUUGUCUUCUUCAACCAGGCUUUGUGUAAGGAUUGCGUUGAAUAUCUCUCUGACCAAGGUGUCAUAUUUUAUUUAGAUAAUCCAGAGAGGAUUUCGUGAACAUCUAUAUUCUUUUAUCUACGUUUUCGCAACCUAUCGUGACGCUUAUCUUAGGAUAUUUACAUUCGAAUUCAAUUGGUGCAUGCUGAUAAAUAAUGGGCACCUUCUAAGGCUUGUAGGACCCGGUGAUGGAGGUCAUUGUAACCGUAAAGUUCAUGUUAUGCGAAACUAUAUUAUGCAAACGGGAGGGAAUCAGUUUUGUUUAUUUCAGUAAUGUUCGCCUCUACUUCAUUUGGUGAUCCCUAAGUAGUGAUAACAGCACGAUAAGAAUCUCAGAUUUUGCAUAGUUUUCAACUAGGCUGAAUAAAAGCACUUUCCUCGGGAUCACGCCGAGCAGAUCGUUGGCGGUCCUCCAAGUCUCAAGUCUAUAUCGGUCCGUUUGUUCCACCUUCCACAGGAAUUCUUCUGUAAUUUCUGGUAGUGUACUUUACGAAGCAAGAUUUUCUGAUUAUUCCCUCCCAACUCCCGGAUGAAGAACUGGAGUUACUGCAAAAAAAUCUGCAAGUCAACCAGUUGACAUGUCAGUCUUCCUUUUCAGACAGGGAAAGUUCGCGUGCAUGGUCACCUUCGUAGCCUUCAUCCACGAAGACAGAAUAAUAAUGUAAAGCAAGCUUCAUAUGUUUUCGGUAAUAUCUCAAUGUGUUGCAGGGUAAACAUGAUGGCAUUAGUCGUAAGUAUGCAAAUCCACGUCUGAGGUGGGUAAUCUCCACGACCUCGUGCGGACAUUCAAAACCAGUACAGAACGACCUUCCAGAGAAUUUUAAAAAAACAAAACAAAACAAAACAAAACAAAACAAAUCCCGCGUAGAGGCCUUACGGGUUUCUAGGCGCAUCCGCAGGAGUGCGGGACCGAUGGUGUCCCCAGCUGUCGCGUUGAUUCAGGUUUGCUACAGUCGUGUGGUCAACUUUCAUGUAAAUCCGGUUUGUAAGAACGAGAGGAAAGCGCGUGGUGGUAGUGUUCUUCGCGAGGAGCGAAACUUGUAGAACUGUGGCUCUCUCUCUCUCUCUCCAUUGAGAAGUGGAGAUAUGCGUUCAAGUUCCUUCCAGAUUUGCUCAUCUCAAAUCUAGACCUUCGCCAGUGGAUGUUCUUUUGUGUGUUGCUCUGCGAUUGCCCCUACUGCCGAAGGACUUUAGCCAUUAUGUUCAAGUUUCGGUCAUGCUUAUGUUUUUUUCCGGCGAUCCUUUUACUUCCUUGGGAUGAAACUAAGAGGAGGAGCGUCAAGGAGUCAUAGUUUAAUGGCAUUCUGUUCCUUGUCUCAGAACUGUGAAGACCUUUCUUGUCGUUUAGUUAAGAUUUUCUUUUUUCUUUUUUUUUCUUUUUUGAUAUUGAAAUUCAUUGUGGGGGUAUUUUCCUGAAGGCGUCCAUAGUGUCAUUGUCGAGUUCUAGGAAACGAUUCUUCCACACAGGAUGUAAGUUAUGAUCCAGCCUGGACUUUCCUUUUUGAUAACUGCGCUCCGCUUUUGUUUUGCUCUCUUUUUGGUGUGAUGACAAGUAACUGUCUGAACGGAUAUGGAGAUUGGUUUAGGGCUGAUCCCAGACGAAGCACCAAGAAAGCGCUGAGUGCAGGAUUUUUUUACAGGGGUCAGGAUUAAAUGUAAAUCGAGUCGAAGAAAGUAGCAGUGUAGUGGUCGGCAGCGUUGCACAACAGGGUUUCACCAGACGUGCGUGGCAACCAGUUCAAGAUUGUGAACAUUAUGAUAUAUUCGAAAUAUGGACAUAAGUUGAUUUGCUCCCUGUUUUGUGCCGAAACUAGGUGGUUCGCAUUGCAGAAAUAGGAACAUCGAAGUGCUCUGAAUUAGCCGAACUGCUUGCUAUAGAGCACACGUGUGCUAAACCAUUUUCUCUUACUGGUCGACGCUGUAAAUAACAGCGUCACUCCUUCAUUCUGAUUACCUGGCGAAUUUCGCCUUUAGAAUCAUUUGCAGCGGAGCUCCUUAACUUCACGAGCAUGAGCACUAUGGACGUCGAUCAUGAGCCCGCUGGAAUGGAUGAUCUUCAGGAAGAUGUGCUCAAACUGGUGCUGCAGAGGCUGCCGUUGUUGGACGCUAUCAGAGCAAGAGUUGUGUGCAAACGAUGGUGGAACAUUGUUCCCACCCUGAACACAGCCCACUUCCUCGAUGUCAACCCCCCCAGUGUUUCGUACUGUCCGCUCAUUUUCAUUCGCGAUUCGGAAGAGUCGAAUUCUUUGACAUGGUUUGGAUUCAACAGCACUCGUGGACAGUGGGAGCGGUUGUGCCCACUCCCCGGACUGCCGCAAGUCGACAUUCGUCCCCUCAACGGGAACGGGAAGAGCCUGCUAGGAUUCAAAACCACGACCGAACUGUCCCAGCUAGUGGUAGGAAACCCAUACAUGAACCAGUCAUGGAGGAGGAUUCCAGUAUCCACUGAGACUUGGGGUGAAGUAGCGAACAUUCUGCUGGUGGACAAGGAAGAUCCCGCCGUGUUCCAAAUCAUAGCGAUCAAAACGGCCGUCACCGAGGUAUACAACUCCUAUCUGGACUCGUGGAUGCCCCCGAGGGUGCGUCCGGGGCGCGACAGGUUACCAGAGUACACGGUGGAGUGCAUCAAGAACAAGCGGAUCAACCCGCCUUUAUGCCAGGGCUUACUGUACUACUACCGCAAGGAAAUUCUCAUCUCAUUCGACGUGGAAAGGGAGCAGUGGACAGAUGAUGCAAUUCCGCUACCCCAUCACACCACCUCCAAGUCGUUCCAGCUACUAGAAUACGCGGGGAACCUGUUUGCGGCGACGGAGAAUGUAGCCGAGGGCACCAUGACGGUGUGGGGACUACGACGCACGCAGCCACAGGGGUUCACACCCACAGCGGAGAUGCCCAGGGAGCUAUACGCGGUGAUGACUGAGAAGCACAAGGGCAGGAAACUGAUGCAGCUGAGGGCAGUGGGGCACAAGCACAGGAUGUUCUUCUGGCGCAGUCUUAACAACAAAACCGUUAACAUCAUUGUGUUCGAUUUCUUACGGCGCGAGUGGUCUCUACUCCCCAGCUUCAACGAGCCGACGCCUCGCGAUAGCCAGGUCUUCGUGGACGCGGCCUCUUUUGAGCUCUAGUAAGCUAUGCUUGCGAGAAGCCAUGUCGCAAGCAAGCAAGCAAGCUACGGUAGUGCGUUCUAUUGCCCACCCGCCUCCCUCCCUACCUCCCUCCCUUCCAUUGAAGACGUGGAUAGAUGAUUUGUGGUGGCGGCGUGAAGGCUACGCCGGGCUUGCUCCAUAUCGAAUCCUCCCCUUGCUUGAGAGCGAGCUUGCAGCUAUGGCUGUGCAUGCCUUGGCUAGCGCGUACGCUGUAGUUUGUCUAUGAGUAUAGUUAUACGUAUGUGAGUAGGUAUUUUUGUGUGUGGGGGUAUAAUUUGUAGUUUUUGUUUGUUGCAGUUUGUUACUGCUUCUCUUGCUCAUGAAACUUGUUCAUUGCAAAUUCUUGUUUGUUUCUAUUUUAAUUUUGAUUUUUGAUUU